GAAUUCGCAUAGUAAAUUCUACAUCUCAGUAGCUUCUUAGGCUUUGGGUUGAGCUUGGAGGUUAGGCGCCUGCGAGUGCGUAUUAAGAUUUAAGGCAAUAUUGGAAUUGCGAAUAAACGACUUGCAUCCUAUUAAAUCGCUCGUAGAAGGCAUCCUUCAAUAUGCCCGGCCGACAAGCCCACGGGCGCCCGCUCGGCGGCGGCGCAAGCAGCAGCGGAAAAAGCAAAAAGCGAUCGAAAUCACGAUCGACCAAGAAAGCUAUGAACGCAUUCGCAAUCGCUUCAGAAGAAUACGCCGAUAACCAAAAGCGCACACCGCGGAAUCGCGAACUAGAUGUCCCUCGUGCCACCGGUGGUAGCAAGCAUGCGCGAGACGAAGACGACGAUGAAGAGGAUGAGUAUGAAGAUGAGGGACCGCCGAGGAAGAUGCGCCGUGGUGGUGAUGAUGAGGAUGUGGAAUAUGGCAGCGAUAGUAGUGGGAAUGAGUGGCGCGUUGGUGUCGAUGAGGAUGAUGAUUCCGAAAUUGACAGUGAUGAGGCGUUUGGUGAGAGCGAUGAGGAGAGAUUUGAGGAUUAUGCGUUUAGGGGGAGUAGGAAGAAGCCGAAACAGAAGAAAAAGGAUGAUUCGGAUGAAGACGACGAUGACGAAGAUAUUGAUGAUGCCGAUGGCGCUUCGCUUGGAUCGGAUGCUAUUGACCUCGCCCAAGCCUUGGAUAUGUCUAUGUCGGAAGAUGAUGGACCCGAAGGCGACCAGGAAGAGUCUGGUUCUGACGAAGAAUCGGGAGAUGACGAUGUAUCCGGCGAUGAGUCUUCCGAUGUCGAGGACGAGGAAGAUGACGAUGUGUCAGAUUCUGGUAUCAAUGCGUGGGUCUCCAAAUUCUCUGGGGUAAAGGAUGCGGAUGAAGAAGAUGCAGCUCCGACAACCACAAAACCGAAGCUAGGGUUAAAAGACCUAGGCUUAUUGGGAAUCAAAGAUCCUCAGCUUAAGAAAUCUCUUAAGCUUAUGAAGAAAGAGGAGAAAUCCAGCAAACCGCAGAAGCUUGACGUACCACUUGCAAGGCGCCAACAAGCCAAGCUAGAUCGCACUGCUGCGUAUGAGAAAACGAACGAGGUUUUAGAUCGAUGGACCGAAACUGUUAAGCAUAACAGAAGAGCCGAUCAUCUCGUCUUCCCUCUACCGCAGACAGAAACCGGUCUCGCCAGACACGAUAACAGCGAAAUCCAACCUCUAAAUCACAAAACAGCGGGGACUGAAUUGGAACAGACCAUUUUAGCUAUUAUGGAAGAAAGUGGCCUGGGUCCAAGUGCCAAGAAGGAAACGAAAGAAACGGAAGACCUAGAUGAUGACGACGCCCAGGGUCUUUCAGGAAACAACCUCAAGGAUCUGUGGCAGCAAAAGCGUCGCGAGAGAGAACUCAAGUCUCGAGAAGACGCAAGAGCGAAACGCAUCAAAAAGAUCAAGAGUAAGGCGUACCAUCGAGUACAUCGAAAACAGAGAGAAAGAGAUGAGAUUAAAGAACGCGAAAUCAUGGCUGCGACUGGGGAAAUCGACUCGGAAGAAGAACGUGAAGCUCAAGAUCGCCAGCGAGCUAUGGAACGAAUGGGUGCUCGACAUCGUGAAAGCAAGUGGGCUAAAAUGACUAAUAAAAACGGCCGUGCGGCUUGGGAUGACGAUGUUCGAGUGGGAGUAGCCGAUAUGGCGCGGCGAGACGAAGAGUUGCGCCGACGUAUCGAAGGAAAGCCUGCAAAGGCUAAUGGUGACUCUGAUGACGACUCUGACUACUCGGGUGGCUCAGAUGAUGUCGACGAGCGAAAGAGACUUCUUCAACAACUUAAUGAUGUUUCCGAUGCUGAGGAUGGGCAACCCAAGUCGAAAUUGAUGAGCAUGCAGUUUAUGAGGAAAGCCGAGGCAGCUAAGAAAAAGGCCAAUGACGAAUUGGUGGCUGAGAUACGGCGGGAUCUAGCCUCUGAUGACGAUGGAGACGAUGAAUCCGAUGAUGGGCCCGAAGAUAUCGGCCGACGAAAAUUCGGUCAGCCAUCGGGAGAUAAAAAAGCCAGGGCGAGCGAACAACUCGUUAAGGCUAGCAAGAAAGAUAAGGCGGAGAAGGCCGGCCUUCAGAUUCCUGUAGAUGAAGUGACAACUAAGGCUGCCGGACGGUCGAAAGGUCUUUCGGCUUCGGUUCCACAAGACGUGGAUGCAAACUCGAUAGCUGGUGCUUGGAGUCAGCCCGCGGCAGCCGGACCCUCGAAGAAACAGAGAGGAAAGAAGACUAGCUCUAACGUGGAAGUGCUAGAGCUUGGUGCAGACUCGGUAGCUGUAGCGGCGUCUGCAGCGCCGGUGAAGAAAUUCAAGCCGAGCAAAAAGCAAGUUGUCAUCGAUGGAGAUGACUCCUCGGACGACGGCGAAAGCCACUUGCCUAUUCAAUUCCGCGAGCAAGAUCUCAUCGAGAAAGCUUUUGGUGGUUUAGAUGUCGUCGCUGAAUUUGAGCAAGACAAAGCCGCCAUCGAAGAGGAUGACGACGACAAGAUCAUCGAUAAUACGCUUCCCGGGUGGGGUAGCUGGGUCGGUGACGGUGUCAGCAACCGCGAGAAGAAACGACAUCAAGGACGUUUCCUUACCAAGCAGGAAGGUAUCACAAAGAAAGAUCGUAAGGAUGCUGGGCUACAGAGCGUUAUUAUUAACGAGAAGCGCAAUAAGAAGAACGACAGAUUUCUAGCUUCUCAACUCCCACACCCUUACGAGUCUAGGUUGCAAUAUGAGCGUGCUCUACGCCUUCCUGUAGGACCUGAGUGGAUGACCAAGGAGACCUUCCAGGAGGCUACCAAGCCGAAGAUAUUGAUGAAGCAGGGCAUUAUUGCGCCUAUUGCGAAGCCUACGCAUUAAACUACGGUGUGGAAUUAGCGCUGCGCUUGUAUAUAGCAUCAUUGGCGACAUAUUACGGCGUUAUGCGAACAUAAAAUAGAAUUUGGGA